CCACGUGCUCGUAGCUCUGCCUUGUUGUUCCUAUCCGUCGUUGCCAUUGUUUCACGGAUUGUCUCGACAAGUUUCAUUGCAUCCUACGAAACAUUACGAUUCAAUCGUACAUCACACGCCAAGCCUCUUGUUUCAAGGAUAGAGUUGCUUCCGAUUGGAACGAACCGGUACAAUGUCGGUCGAACGUGAGCGUCGAUACCGCAAUGCGGGUUUGAUCCACAGGACGAUAGUGUUGGUUUCGCUUUCGCUGUAUUGGUCGGUGGCGCUGGUUUCUGUCUCCGCCCGGGAUUGCCACACCAGCUUUCGACGGGCCUGGCGGGAUCUCUCCUGCCAGGAACAAGACGAUUUCCUGGACGCCAUCAUCCAGGUGAAGGACUCGGGGGACUACGACCACUUCAUCGAUGUUCACCUGAAUGUGGCACCGCUCACACACGGGCCCGCCGAAUUCAUGCCGUGGCAUCGGUGCGUUCUGCAAUUCGUCGUGUUUAUUCGAUUCGAUUCGGCUUUGGCCUUGGCUUUUGCGGCAUCCGGCCUGUCAAUCUUCUCACCGUUUUCUUCUCUCGAUGGUCCAACCACAUUUCAUUUCUACCCAUUCACCCUUUUGGUUCGAAAAAAAUCUUGGGCAUUACGGAUUGUGCUGUGCAUUUGAUUUUUACGAAUGCUGUCGACUACUGCAGGUGGUUCAUUUGGAAUUUCGAAAAGCUGCUGCAGCAAACAACUGGGAAAUGCAUUUACAUUCCCUACUGGGACUGGGAACGCGACUCGCAAUGGGAACGAGAGUCGGACGUCUUGCACCCGGCCACCUUUGGAUCCUGGGGCGCCACCAACGGAGCCGGCUGCACCAUGAACGGGAUUACGGAGUACCACGCCCCAUUUCGCUGGUCGCCGGGGGUAAACAACGGACCCGCGGGCUGCGUCACGCGCGACUUUCUGGACGGCUUUUCGUUCUCCGGGGAGGCGCAGGUCCUGGCGAUGAUUGCCAACUACAACCAGUUCUCGGACACGACCGGGAACGCUAGGGGGAACACCCAGGACAACCCGGUACCCACCGGGACCACCAAUGGUUUCCGGUUCGAGUUCGAGAACGGCGGCCACAUGCUGGUCCACGGUGUCAUUGCCGGACACAUGGGAUCAAACUGGAGCCCCGCCGAUCCCCUCUUUUACCUGCACCACGCCAACGUCGAUCGUAUCUGGACCAUGUGGCAGGAUUACCACGAUCACGACACCUGCUCGGUCGACGAGUACCUUUCUCCGUGGCACUUUGACUCGGAGUGGGCACUGGAUCGGGCCCUACCCUUUCAGCAUGCAGAGCGAGUGUCAAACUGGGACUUUCGCAUGACCUAUCCGGACGGCAGCCAGGCAUAUCCAACGGUGAGGGACAUUAUGAACAACGACGGAGAGACGCUCUCGGUAAGGUACCAAAACUCAUACCUGAACUCGCUUAUGCCGGACUACGUAGCGAACCCAAGGUUGUUUCAGGUUGCUACGGAUGGAGUUCCGGUAAAGUGCGACCGGGACGAGUGGGAGUGGGCGCGCAAAAAGCGAAAGCUGGAACAGGAACGCAAACCAGAGGACGAGCACGAGCACCAGGACCUGAGGAAGAAUUCCUUGGUGGGAGCUUCCGCCAACAGCACAAGCACUUUGUUGUUCAGCAAUCACCAGCACGUGUUUGUUCCCAAUGCGUUCCGCAGCUCGAUCCGGGGAAAGGACGCCCAGGAGAUCGAGGACCACCCCGAGCUCUACUUUCGCAAGCCCGGCGACGGCCGCGUCAAGAACGACCUCGAAGGCAACGGCAUCAACACCCGAUACCGGAGUUCGGACGUCGUGGGCGUUACCAGCGAGGAGUGCGGCAAGCCUCCCGUCUUUUCGCUCCAGGAGGACCGCGACGAGUGGGACCGGCUCUGCCGGGUGCUCCCGAAGGACACGCCCAUUGUCGAGCGGCUGGCGCUCCUGGCUAAGUCCAACUGCGGACGUAGGGGCAACCCACGAAGCGACGCCCCCGAGAUCCGGGAACGCCUCACGAUGACGAUCAUGGGGGCCUUUGACGCGCCAUCAUCGGCCUACGAGUGUUUCCACCGGCCGGGAGAUCCCGCGGACGAAGUUCCUUGAGGACGGAUGCUAUCGUGUGCUAGCAAUGCGGGCACUCCGUUGUCUGGUGGGUGGGUGGAUGCGCCAAGCCGUGGCAAUAUGAUUCUGCGAAAAGACCUCGGGAGAUUAGAUAACAAUAUCUCUUUCUCUUGCUUUCGUUGGACAACUUGCUGCGGUUCGGUCGGAACACCAUCGACUGAACGAACGACGCAACAUCUCGCGUGCUUUUCUUCGACACAGGAUUUCGAGUUCGCUACGGAUUCCAAGUAUUUCAAAGUACUUUUGUACACCCCUGCACUUUCUGUUGUUCAAUAAUAAGCUGUAUUCUCUAGC